UUUACGGAUAGUUUUGUAAAUAAUAUUUCUACGUGAAUCUGUGAAUAUUCAUUGUGGUAUUCAUGGGAUUAUGUGGAUGAAAAAAGAAGUUUAUUGUUCCAUAGUUAAGUGUACUGAAUGUUUUAAUUUGUCAGGGAAAGGAAUGUUGUAUUUAAUGUAUUGAAUGUACACACAGAGUCGUCUGCAUCGAGUUCACGCGAGAAAACGUGUGUUUCAGAUCAAACAAAGGUAACAGUUGUUGAUCGAGUGCUGGAUUUAUUUGAUAAAAACCUACAGUGAUUUGUGGCAUAUUGUAGAGACAUCGUUAAGACAUGCCGUGCCUUGUAUUAUAGGUAAAGAAAACUGAAUGAAUAGUGUUCGGGGUUUUGUAUUAAUUGGAUAUCGAAUUCGAUGUAAAGUAGACGCAGUUUUCAGUGGCUUGAAUACCUGACAAUUCGAAUACUCAAGUGUUUGCUAUGUAAAUGAUAAUUUUUCUACAGUGAUUAUUUUUUCAGAUGUAUAUUAAUGGCGGUGUAUUUGCUCUACUAGGGAUUACCUAAAUGCCUAUAUAGCAUCGCCCCACAAGAAUCAUCGCAGAGGGAAGGUCAUUAAGUGGAAUAUUGUGUCUGGUGAUCACCAAGAUUAACUCUAAACUGAUGAAAUGAUAAUUCAGAAUGAUUUAAAACUGCUUUCAAACUUGAUACAGUUUCCAUGAUACCCGAAAUCUCAUCGAAGACACGGCAUUCUGGAAACACACGAGGGAACAAUGCAACAUGACUUUAAUAAGAGCCAAUACAGUGGGAGGGGCAUUGAAGGAGAUCAUCUAUGGUAACCUGUGGAUUCUGGUAGUUUGGUGUGCCUUGGCCGAAGCUUUUGUCAACAAGUGUGAUCCGUCCCUCAUGGGUGGCGAGUUUACAAAGCAGCAGAAGUACGAGUGUCUCGUGGAAAAGCUGUUCGAUCCCGCCAACUACAGCCCGCUUGUGAGGCCCGUCAGCAAUAUUUCAAAUACUGUCGAUGUAGACUUCAGCGUCCAGUUGUCCCAGAUAGUUAACUUGGAUGAGAAGAAUCAGAUCAUGAAAACGAACGUCUGGCUUCAACUGUACUGGACGGAUUUUCAGCUAAAAUGGGAGGACGAUGACGUUUACAAUGAAAUUGAGGCUAUUCGAAUCAACCCUGAAUAUGCAUGGAGACCGGAUGUUGUUCUCUUUAACAAUGCUGAUGGCAACUACGAGGUGUCGUUCAUGUCCAACGUGGUUAUUUACAAGAGUGGCUACGUCAACUGGAUCCCGCCUGCCAUCUACAAAAGCUCCUGUCUCAUCGACGUAGAGUACUUCCCCUUUGAUGAGCAAGUCUGUGAUCUCAAAUUUGGCUCCUGGACGUUUACGGAAGAACAAUUACAAUUUGCCUUUUUCCUGGAUGUGACUCACUUUGAUGUAAGCGACUACUUAGAGAACGGGGCUUGGGACAUUGUCAGCGGGGAGGCAGAUAUCGUCCGCGUACCCGUGGGCAACAAAUAUAAACCCAUGGUCACAUUUCAACUCAAACUGAGAAGGAAAACUCUCUUCUACACAGUGAACCUAAUAAUUCCAUGCGUUCUAAUUUCUUUUGUGACUGUAUCAGUGUUUAUACUGCCGGCCGACGCUGGCGAAAAGAUAACUCUGUGUAUUUCCAUUUUGCUUGCUUUGGUUGUGUUUCUUUUGCUGAUAUCAAAAAUUCUUCCACCAUCUCUGACAAUUCCACUCAUAUCGCAGUUUCUGUUAUUUACAUUUAUAAUGAACAUACUCGCUAUUAUUAGCACCGUGAUCGUUAUAAAUCGCAACUACAGGACCCCAAGAACGCAUCAGAUGCCUCGAUGGAUGCGAGUGUUUCUUCUUAAUUGGCUUCCAAGACUGUUAUUCAUGAAACGCCCCGAUCAUGAUAAACGUUGGCGGGGCAAAAAAGAUAAUAAGAAGGACCCAAAAGGUCAUCCAGAUUUGACUCAUAGUACAACGAUACACUCGGUGCCUAAUACACAAAUCAGUGGUAUUGCUCAAUCUAUCGGUGGGUCUCGUCUUGAAAGUAUGAUAGAGACGCACCACCCGAACUGUAGGCUGACAGACCGACGUGUUCCCGACACAGCGGAGACGAGUUUCACAGAAAAUGUCCCAGUGGAUGCACCUAACAUUCAGUUCUCACCGGAGAUAUUCAAGGCUGCUGAAUCCAUAUCAUUUAUACAGAAACAUCAAAAGAAAGAUGACGAAUAUCACACUGUGAUAGAUGACUGGCGAUAUAUUGCCCGAGUGGUUGACAGAUUGCUGCUCACAAUUUUCUUCAUUGUCACUUUUACUGGGACUCUGGGCAUCUUCUUCAAGGCUCCUCACAUCUUCGAGAAGAUCAACCAGGAUGAAAUUCUCGCUAGAUAUAAUGCAAACUGGGACAGGGCUAAACAACCGCCUACUUGACAUUUCAUAUGUUGCUUUCUGGAAACAGUGUUAAUCGUCAGUUAUGUGAUGAUAUUUGGAGCUCCUCGGCCAUUUUUAUCGAAAACAACCUCGGAUGUAUUUGGACGGUUUACAUACUCGAAAAGCGGUACGUUUAAGUCCGCUGCAAGUAGAUCGCGCACUAAUUUUCUUUAGCAGUUAAACUUUAUGACUUAACUCUUGGGAAUCUUAAUUAUGUUUGCAUUAAUACACUUCACUUGCAAUCAAUUUAAACUUAGAUCAAUAAAUACAACUCUAAAACACUACAUUUAAUUCAUUAUUUAAUUAAAAAAAAUACGAACUACUUCAACUGAUGUACCGGCAUAUUUCCGAGGUUGUUUUUGAUAAUAAUGGCCAAGGAGUUCCGAAUUAAGUGAUGAUUGAUUGAACAAUAUAGACAACUCAGCGAUGAUUAUUUGUCAAUUCCAUUGUAUGGAUGUGUCUAAAUGCUGCUAAUUUUUAAUCAUGAAAAAUAGUUAAAUUGGUCUGAGUAAUUGGUCAGCACAUUAUUAUUGAGAUGAGUUAAGUUAAUGAAAAAUUGUUAAAUUGGUCUGAGUAAUUGGUCAGCAUAUUAUUAUUUAGAUGAGUUAAGUUAAUGAAAAAUAGUUGAUUUGGUCUGUGAAAAUGGUCACAACAUUAUUAUUUAAAUGAGAUAAGUUCAAGGCCUAGUUUAAGUAAUGUUUGGCAUAAUAAUUCCCUGCUGUGCAUUUCCUGCUAAUUGCACUGGUGUCGUAGUAGGGGCCACUUUCCUGUGUAUCGUUUAUUGGCUCAGGGUCAUUUAGGGUCUAUUUUUUUAUAAUAAAACAUCCACAACUGCACAGCAGGAUACUCAGAUUUGAAAUCUGAUAAGACAAUUAGGCAAUAAGAUUAAGAUCAAUUAACAGAGGUUGUGUAAAAAUACACGGUGUUUUUUUGGUGGUGGGGGGGGGGGGGGGUCACUUAUAGAAGGCUUAAACUAUGCCUUUAAUGAAAAAUAGUUCAUUUGGUCUGAGAAAUUGGUCAGCGCAUUAUUAUUUAGAUGAGUUAAGUUUGUUGAUAAUCAGAUUACAAUCUUUUUUUAUUUAGUUAAGUUGUUCCCUUCAAACAAGAGCAAUCGUUGUCCGAAAAUAUGUUCAUGUACUUAAAUGAAUCUCUGUCAAACCAUACAUGUGUAGCUAGUUUCCUCGGUUUUGAUAUGGAUUUUGUUAUUUAACUGUAAUACAUGAUCUUGAUAUUUUGUACAGAUGUUUACUGGCAUUCACCUAUGCAAAUAUAAUUAUUAGAGCCAAUUAACAUACUAAGUAAACCACUGUAUUAAUAUUUGUACUAUGCAUGUUGAAAUGCAUUGUUGAUAUUGUGAAUAUAAAGAGUCUAUUUUA